CUCCGGCCAAUGAUUGUUAACCGAUUUCUUGUUAGCUCGAAUGGAAAUGUCCGUCUCUGUCUGAUUUUGUAUUUGUUGUCUGAGUCAACGAGUCUUGCUUAUCAGGAAGUGUCUAGUGGUUGAAACUUUAAAAAUAAGUCUUAAUAAUUCCGGCCUGGGCCACGUCUUGCUCUGCUCCCGACGACAAUGAACAGGCCAACGCGGUCUGUGCUGGCACCAGCUCCGGUGUGCGAAUUUGUUCAGCGGACAGUCUGUACCUGAACUGGUAACUGUAGAAGAUGGACGGAGACGGCACGACCACCGAUGCUUCCCAGCUGGGAAUGACUGGAGAGUACAUGGCAUCCAGUCACUAUGUUCUCCAGUCUCAAGAUGAUGAAGGAGAGGAGAAUCUGAAUGACCAUGACGAUGGCGGAAUUAAAGAGAACUACAGGGAACAGGACAUUUAUCUACCUAUUGCCAAUGUGGCUCGUAUCAUGAAGAAUGCUGUUCCUCAGACUGGAAAGAUAGCAAAAGAUGCCAAAGAGUGUGUGCAGGAGUGUGUUAGUGAGUUCAUCAGCUUCAUCACAUCGGAGGCGAGCGAGCGCUGCCACCAGGAGAAGAGAAAGACCAUCAAUGGAGAGGACAUCCUUUUUGCCAUGUCUACGCUUGGCUUUGACAUGUAUGUGGAGCCGCUGAAGCUCUACCUGCAAAAGUUCAGAGAGGCAAUGAAAGGGGAGAAGGGGAUGCCUGGGGUGGUGGUGGGAGACAGCCUGGGAGAGGAUCUCACAGAUGAUGGCUUCACAAAUCCACUGCCAGCCGGGAUUAUCACAGCCGAUGGACAGCAGCAGAACGUCAUGGUGUAUACCACCUCAUAUCAACAGAUUCCCACCGUACAACAGAUCCAGUUUUCAUGACAAGGACAUACUCCGAGCACGAACACAGGGGCUCUACACUGGGCUUCCAUUCAUCUGAUGACCUAAGCCCUGCCACAGAGUAAGGGUUACCAGACAGGGAGGAAGGAGGAAGAGGCAUCUACACAAACCCUCAUGUACAGAGAAAACAUUAUCUGUUGAGUACAAAGUGUUGUUUUUAGUUGUGAGGUACCAAAUGUUUUGGAGUGUUUCCGAAGCAGCUGGCCAAUGUGAGGCUUUAUUUAAAGGCUAGUCUUAUUGCAGGAUUUAGUGGUGGAAUUUUUUGUGUGUAUGUGUUUGCUUGUACUUAUUCUUUUCUCGUGAGUUGGGUGGUAGUAGGGGGAAAUGUUAUGCAGGAAGCUUAUUUUUGAAGGUCCUGUGUUUGAAUUGAGAGAUGUUGCUGUCAGAUCAGAUCAUACAGCUCUUUUGUAAGUUCGGAAAAUUUACGAUGUGCUUUAAUGUCAUGUGAAUCCUUUGAAUAAAUACUCGAGUAAAUGUUGAAA